AUGUCAUCGAUGCUGUCCGAAGUGGAAACUAUGGAUACACUUCCUUUUGUGAAAGAUACGACCCCGUCGCGUGAAAAAUCGCAGGACAAUAAGAUACCAGCACCGUCGAUUGAGGAAGUGGAUACCAAUCCGGAAGGUUUGAGAGCACUUCGAGGACAAGGACGUUACUUUGGUGUGGGAGCAGAUGAAGAUGGUGGGAUACGAGAGGCGGAACCUAAAUGUAACAACUGUUCACAGAGAGGUCAUUUUAAGCGGAAUUGCCCACACGUAAUAUGUACCUAUUGUGGAUCUAUGGAUGAUCAUUACUCCCAACACUGUCCCAAGGCAAUCACUUGUUCAAAUUGUAAUGAUGGUGGACAUUACAGAUCUCAAUGUCCUCAAAAGUGGAAGCGUGUGUUCUGCACGCUGUGCAAUAGUAAAAAACAUUCUAGAGAUAGAUGCCCCAGCAUAUGGAGGGUUUAUCUGUUGAAGGAUGACUCGAAAAACCUGAAGGAGAAAGUUCUACCAAUGCAUAAGCUUUAUUGCUAUAACUGCGGUGGAAAGGGUCAUUUUGGAGAUGAUUGUACAGGCAGGCGAUCAUCCAGAGUCCCCAAUGAUGAUGGUAGUGCAUUCUCUGGUGAUAACCUUUCUACGAAUCUGAAGAAACAGUAUCAAAAGAAUCUUAAAAAACAGAGAAGGGAGGAAUACUCCUCUUCGAGAUAUGAUGAUUUCGAUUAUAAUGAUUACGAGUUCGAUGACGCCCUAUACGAUGAUCCACAGGUUUCCAGCAAAUCCAAGUCUAAGAAACGGAAGCGUUCCAACCUUAAUACACCUCCAUAUCAGAGCAAUAAGAGAGGUAAAGUAGUACAACCGGUCCAGCGAGGCAACACUCUGCCGCCUGCAAGAGACCGGACGCAUCCAUUAGAUUUUCCACGUUCAAAUCAAAACUCUUCCUACUCGUCGAGCAACAUGGAACACUCGCGGUAUGGAAGAGCCUCGUCGAACCGGAACUCGAACCAAAGCUCAAACCAGGGCAAUUACAAGAACUACAACUCCUACAAACCGUUUAGAAGUGGCACAUUAAAAAGAUGA